GUCUUCAGACGCUGUGUAUGGAGAGAGAGAGAGAGAGUGGUUUGAUACGCUGUGUAUCGACGAUCAUUAGAAGACUGGUUCGCAAAAAAGAAGAUCAGGGAAAAAAAAUAGAAAAAGAAGAAGAAGAUAAAGCGGUAUGGGGAUCUCUCUGAUCUGUAUUCAAUUCUACAGGUAUGUCAUACAAAUGCUUACAAUCUUUAUGGUAGUGGGCCUUUGAUUUUCGGACUGGUUGAGGGCCUUUUACAGAUGUGAGUCUUGAAUUCUUCAUCUUUUUCCUUUUUAUUUUGGAUUCUUGCUAUUUGCUCAAGAUUUUGGAGAUUUUCCACAAGAUUCGAUCAUACCAGACCGAUCCCACUAUGAAUCGUCCGAUUCAUACCGAGUUGCUCCGAUUUGUGCCGAUACGUCCGAGUCUUGCCAAGAUAUCGCCGAGUCAAGUGAAAAUCGGGAUUUUUGCAUAACGGAUAUCGAUAUCGGAUCGGUAGGGGCCGAGUCGUAUCGGACUCGGCCGAUACUUUGAACCAUGAUCUCAUGCCGUGUAUUUUACUGUCGUAUAAAAUAGUAAAGAGAUUUUGAAUCUUAUGGUGAGCAAUUUUUCUCAAGUUGAAAAUCAAGUGAUGUCAUCAAAAUCAGUCAUACAAUAUCCCUCCUUCCCUUUCUGGCCAGAACAAAAAAGAAGUGAAAGACUCAAGAAUAUUCUGAAGUCUUGCUUUGAAUUACUCAUGCUUAUCUCAAUGUAUGCUUCUGCCUGGGACAUGAGCUCAUUGUUUGUGGACAUAUGAUGUGUGAGGGAAAGGAAAUAGGACAGAGCUAGCAGGAGCUGCAUUUGAACUGGGUCUCCUGACUCCUAUUUUUGGGGUCGACUUCAUGAAUCAUGUUUCUCCAUUGUGCACUAUUCAAAUUAACUCAACAAGGCCUUGUCUCCAUUAUGCUCUAUCUAGGUUCAUAUUUUUCGUUAAAGCAUAAUGUCUUUAUUUAUCUCAUUAGUAUAUAUAUUCAAACUUAGAAGACUGUGCUUCCCACUUCAUAUUCUGAUCCCAAUACAUACCAAAGCAAGAAUUUGAGGAAAAUGUUGUUUUGUAGGUGCGCAAGUUCAGCAAACACUGCAGAAGCUGUGAUAAAUGUGUUGAUGGAUUUGAUCAUCAUUGCAGGUGGCUGAAUAAUUGUGUUGGAAGGAAAAACUAUAUCACAUUCGUGAGCCUUAUGGCCAUGAGCCUUGUCUGGCUUUAUUUUGAGUGUGGGGUGGGAAUUGCUGUCCUUAUUCGAUGCUUCACUCAUAGAAAGGCAACAGAACAUCAGAUAACGGAAAGGCUUGGAGGUGGAUUCUCACAACCCCCAUUUGCUACUGUUGUGGCCAUAUGUACAGCUCUUUCUUUUCUGGCCACUGUGCCUUUGGGAGAACUGUUCUUUUUCCACAUAAUUUUGAUUCGAAAGGGUAUCACAACUUAUGAAUAUGUGGUUGCCAUGAGGACCCAAAGUGAACCUCCUGGGCCCUCAUUGGAUGAAGGAGAUCAGCAGAGUUUGCCAUCCUCACCAACAAGUUCUGCUGUGACUGCCAUUAGUGGAAGAAGCUCUCUUGGAAUGGGUUUGCAGUAUAAAGGUGCUUGGUGUACUCCUCCAAGAAUCUUUAUGGACCUCCAGGAUGAAAUUAUCCCUCAUCUGGAGCCAGGCCGCUUGCCGUCCACUGUUGAUCCAGAUGCAAUGCAGCCACCUGACAAGGGGAAAAAGUUGCCCCAGCGUCCAGUCCGUAUCAGUGCGUGGAAGCUUGCAAAAUUGGACUCUAAUGAGGCAGUGAAGGCGGGUGCCAAGGCUAGAGCUUCAUCAUCUGUUUUAUGUCCAGUAGGUUCCAGACAUCAUCAAUAUGAUGCUGAUCAUUUUUCCAGUAGCAAUGUGAGUGGCAGAAGCAGUCCAACCAGCACCAAUCAUGGAUUUCAUGAAAGAAAUGCCAGAGCAGGGACAUCUAGGUUAUCUCCUUCAAAGAGUUCAUACCCACCGAGUCGGGCUAGCAGGGACGAUACUGAAACGUGUGGUCACAGCCUUAGUAACUUAAGCAGUCCUCAUCCUUCUAACCUCACCCCUUCUCCAUUAGAGCAGCCGGCUUCAAACAGAGAUCACGUCAACCCUGUAUAUCUAUCCUCAACAGAUCAAUCUCCUCGGUCAGCAAAGGCAAGUGAUGCACAUCAAACUAGAGUUAGUGAUUUACCAAUGAGGAGAAAUGUGGGUGCUGCAGAAAAUUCAAGGUCUUCCGUGUUUUGGGAUCAAGAAGCUGGGCGCUUUGUCUCUGCAGCCACCAGAAGUGUUGGUUCUUCCUCUCAUGUAUCCGGAACAGAGCUUACAUACACAGGUCAAUCUAUAUUCUUCGGGGGUCCCCUUGUGAGUGAAGAGUCGAGCAGAGGGACAAGAAUUGGCAGCUCCCUGCCUGCUGGUCCUGACAGAGGUUCCACGUCGAGUUACUAUCAACAGGGUAGGUCACAAAGAGGCGGCCAGCUUCCUGUGUUUGUUCCAAGUGAUUCCCAGCAACACUAGGUGGAAGGCAAUUAAACUGAGAUGGCACACAAACCAAUUUGUUCCUCCAGAAACAUAGAGUUUAGAUUUUAGAUUUCCACUUCCUGAAAUUUUUGUUUUGUUUCUUAAUCUGGUGUUGCUCUUACUUGUCUACUCUACGUCACCGUGGUUUAACGAAAGAAAGAAACAAACGUAUCGAUGCAUUUUCCGUUCAUCAUAUGUAGCAGCUUGCCUUUAAAGUCCACACUUAUCAUGAACUUCACCGUCACAGAAG